GGUCCGAAAAAAGGGUAGUUUGUAGAGAACUCUUCUUCUCCAUCCCUUUGCCUAUUUCCCAUUUCAAUUUCUCAUUUUCCUCCCUUCUUUCGCCAUUUUCUACACCAGUUUCUUUUUGCAUCAUCUACUUGCUGUCUACAAAGCACUUUCAAUUAGGAUCUUGCAAUCUAAGGUCAUUCUCACCAUCAUUCAUCUCCGAUCUAUGCCCUAAUUGCCAGUAAAAUUCCAUUGGUGCUUGAUGAUGGGGGUAAUAUCCUGCAAGAUAUUAGGCGGGAAAUUGUUGUGCAAUUAAAGGAUAAUCUUCCAGAUGCUUAUGCUGCAUGGGGAUUCAUUCUUGAACAGCAUCGAGAUUAUUAUUGGAAUGAGCUUUGUGUAUGGCCCAUCCUCUAUUUAUUUAAUUUUAAAAUAUAUUUGUAAUUAUUUCUAACACAUUUUCAUGCUUUUUUUAUUUCCCCAGCAAAAAUUUAAAUAGGAGCUAGAGAUUCAUGAUAGGGUAAAAUCAUUGUGGUGUCAAACAUGAAGUAUCAAAUUUAAGCAUGCGUUAAAUGAGCUGAAAACAGAGUGUGCAGCAAAUAAUUUUCAAGUGAAGCCCACAAACAUGAAUCCUGAGCUCUUUUAGAAGCUUGUUCAUAUAUGGACCAAGCAAAGUGUAGCUCCAAUGGGUCGUCCACCCUCACUUCCAAAGGUGUAUACAAGUAGAAGGUAGCAUUGACCAAAAGCAAAAGACCAGCUGCCCACAUACUGCAAUGAUGAGGCUAGGGAAUUAGCAAAAAAUUAGCAUCUAAGUAUGCAACUAGGAAAGGGGAAGAAGGAUUGACCCAACACAAAUCCAUGGUAACCUAUUGUACCUAUGAUUUUGAUGAUUACAAAACACAUUUAAGUGACUAAUUGGUUCAUUUAAGUGUGUAGUUAAAAUGUCAAAAGAUUGCAAAAUAAGUAAACUUGGACUGCACUUAAAAAUGGACCAGAAAGGCUUGAAUUGUGCAGAGAGCCGGCUCUUGAAAGUUGCAGCGAGCUUUGGUGAAAUGGAAGUGCAGAGAGCCGGCUCUGGAAGCUACAGCCAGCUCUAUGGGCAAAAAUUUGAAGAUCUUUGUUUAGCGCGCGUGGAGAAAAGACGCAAAACCGGCUCCAACUUUGCGGCUGGCUCCGGCUCUAGGAUUUUCAACCGGUUAUGGAAGAAAACAGAAUGUGUAGCAAACCUGCAAAGCAGGCUUUGCGUUUUGCAGCUGGCUCUGCGGAGAAAACAGAAUGUCCAGAAUCUCGCAAAGCCGGAUGCGGAAAUGGUGAGCCGAUUAUGCAAAGCCGGUUCUAGGAAGCUAAGCCGGCUGUCCUGACAAUCUUGCAACUCGAGCUUUGCGUCCUGCAAAGCAUUAAAUGACCCCCAAUGGCUAUUUUCGACCAUGGGGUUAUAAAUAUGGUUGGUAGAAGAUCUGAAGGAGGUUUAGAGAGAAUUGCAUUGAAUAUCUUUACCUACCUACAUGAGCUUUAACUUGAGUUUUUGAUCUUUGAGAGAUCUUUACUUAUAAUCCUCUUCUUGUUCUAUUUGUGAGUGAUCUUGGGGGUGUGAUUAAUCCUUCAAGAGUUAUCUAUAGAGAGGAUUCUUGGGGUUUAAGUGUAAAGGGGUGAGAUUUGAGAUAAACACCCUUCUUCUUGUAAAAGGAUUGAGUGGCUCCUUUUAAGCCACCCUUGUUGUUGUUAGUGAAGAGUGUGGAGGAAAUCCUUGGUGAGUGAAGCCAAGGUAGAGGACUAGGCUCAAAGUGGUUGGACCGAACCUCUAUAAAAUCAUUGAGUAAGC